GGAAUGUUUUUAAUGAGGCACCGGCAUAUUCAAUCAAGAGGAGUGGAAGUUUAACACAAAUCAGUUUACAAUGUCUGUCACUUUACAUACAGACCUCGGGGACAUCAAAAUCGAGUUGUUCUGUGAGCGGACUCCAAAAAGCUGUGAGAAUUUUCUAGCCUUGUGUGCCAGUGGUUUUUACAGUGGCUGCAUCUUUCAUCGAAACAUAAAAGGGUUUAUGGUCCAGACAGGAGACCCUACAGGUACAGGAAAAGGUGGAACAAGCAUUUGGGGAAGAAAAUUUGAAGAUGAAUUUAGUGAACAUUUAAAACACAAUGUCAGGGGGGUGGUGGCCAUGGCAAAUAAUGGACCUAAUACCAACGCAUCACAGUUCUAUUUCACCUACGCCAAACAGCCUCACCUGGACAUGAAAUACACUGUGUUUGGAAAGAUAAUAGAUGGUUUGGAAACUCUGGAUGAGUUGGAGAAACUCCCUGUUCAUGAAAAGACAUUUCGGCCUUUGAACGAAGUCCACAUUAAGGAUGUGACUAUUCACGCAAACCCGUUUGCUGGUUAACACUCUGUGUGGGUCAUGAUGAUCCUUAUGGACGGUCCUUUUAUAAUGAUGGGGUUCAAUAUUUGUACAGAACAUUUUGAAACUUUUAAAAACUGUGUGAUACAUUGUGUAUUUUCCUUUCUGUUUGUUCUUUGUUUGCAAACAGGAAUUCCAAUCAUGUAUCCCUUUGGUUUUUUUGUGUGUGGUUUUUUUUUAAACUUAAUUA